CCUGCGAGGCCCGCGGGGGCGCGUGGAGCGCGGGGCGCCGAGCCAACGGCCCCGGAGCCCUGCCCGGAGCGCGGCGGCCCCGGGGUCGACCCGCCCGCCGCGCUUCGCGGCCCUUACUCGCGUGUCACAUUGUUUUUCAGCCUGACACCCCGGCCAGCCUCCUCACCUAACAGAAACUUUACCGAUUCGCUUUACAGCCUUUCCCCGCGUCCUAUGCUGGACGAGAACCACCACCUGAUCCAGUGCAUCCUGGACUACCAGAGCAAGGGCAAGACGGCCGAGUGCACCCAGUACCAGCAGAUCCUGCACCGGAACCUCGUCUACCUGGCCACGAUCGCGGAUUCUAACCAGAACAUGCAGUCCCUGCUCCCCGCCCCGCCGACCCAGAACAUGAACCUGGGCCCUGGAGCGCUGUCCCAGAGCGGCUCCAGCCAGGGCCUGCACUCCCAGGGCAGCCUCAGUGACGCCAUCGGCACGGGCCUGCCCCCGUCCUCCCUCAUGCAGGGCCAGAUCGGCAACGGUCCGAACCACGUGUCCAUGCAGCAGACGGCGCAGAGCACGCUGCCCACCACCUCCAUGAGCAUGUCUGGCAGCGGCCACGGCACGGGGCCCGGCUACAGCCACUCGGGACCCGCCUCGCAGAGUGUGCCCCUGCAGGGCCAGGGCGCCAUCGGCAACUACGUGUCACGGGCCAACAUCAACAUGCAGUCCAACCCAGUGUCCAUGAUGCACCAGCAGGCGGCCUCGUCCCACUACAACUCGGCGCAAGGCGGGAGCCAGCACUACCAGGGCCAGUCGUCCAUGGCCAUGAUGGGCCAGAGCGGCCAGGGGGGCGGCAUGAUGGGGCAGCGGCCCCUGGCACCCUACCGGCCCUCCCAGCAAGGCUCGUCCCAGCAGUACCUGGGCCAGGAGGAGUACUACGGAGGCGAGCAGUACGGACACAGCCAGGCCGCCUCGGAGCCCAUGAGCCAGCAGUACUACCCUGACGGACACGGGGACUACGCCUACCAGCAGUCGUACACGGAGCAGAGCUACGACCGGUCCUUUGAGGAGUCCACGCAGCACUACUACGAGGGCGGGAACUCGCAGUACAGCCAGCAGCAGGCGGGGUACCAGCAGGGCGCAGCCCAGCAGCAGGCGGGGUACCAGCAGCAGUACCCCAACCAGCAGAGCUACCCCGGGCAGCAGCCAGGCUACGGGCCUGCCCAGGGAGCCGCCUCGCAGUACUCCGGCUACCAGCAAGGACAAGGCCAGCAGUACGGAAGCUACAGAGCGUCUCAGACGGGCCCGUCCGCCCAGCAGCAGCGGCCUUAUGGCUACGAGCAGGGCCAGUACGGAAACUACCAGCAGUAGGGACGAACGCUCUUGGUAGAGCCUUGCGGUGGCGUGGCCCCUGGGGAUGGUUGGGCUGGUGGCAGUUCUCAUGAACUCUGACCUCUUGACUGCCCCUCCGCCCCACGCAGCGUCUGCAUGUGAAGCGUGCGCAUUUCAUGCUGGGUGCGAUGCCAGGCGCGCACCGCUGGCGAGAGACGGCGCUUCGAUGGUGUGACAUAUUCGGUGCUGUGUAUAGUGUUGUACGUCCACACAAUGGGGAGGUUGUCCCUUUUUUGUCGCCCCACCCUACCCUUGAUGUUUCUAGCUAGCUUUAGGGGUCCUCUUGUCACCCGAGUAUUCUGUGCCCAGGGAUGGGACACGUCUACAAGAUGCCAUAGUCCAUGUGUUCAUAUAAGCAGGCCUCAGGUCUGCCUCUUCUCACGCAGUUGUCAUAACGUGGGUUGUAAAUUGGUCUGUCGCCAGCCACACCGCAGCCGGACAUGCGCGCACAGCCCCAGAUGGCAGCCUCUCCCUGUGCCUCGAUGGGGGCAGGGCGUCUUCUGUGUUUUGGGUCAGUUUCUGGUACACGGUGAGAAGGAUGAACAUGCUUUGCCGGGGGGGGGGGGGGGGGGGGGCUGUGAACGGUGCUUUCCAGAGCCCGUGCGUUACCCAUGUCUCUCGCCAGUUGUGUUUAUCCAGAAUGUUUUAUGUUUUUGUAUAAAGAGCAAAGAGGGAUCAACGAGUAUAUUCCAAAUAAACGUACGAUUAGCCUGACCCAGGGAAGGAAAGAGGGUAGUUCUUGGAAAUGACUGGCCUUGGCCCUUAUUUAUUUGAUGGUCAGUUUUGGGAUUUGGAUAUUUGAUAUCACCCAGUCCUGAAUUGAGAGUUUAAAAUAUUUGUACCAAAUUUUCUAGUUGGCAAGUAUUUUGUUUUAUACCUUCCUGGACCUACUUACUCAGAUCUCUAAGCAAGUGUUGCUGUUCUUUUAGAGAGAUCUGAAAUUCACAUCUUAUUUUUAAAAAGAACCCCACAAAUUCUGUGUUCUUCCCAAGGACAGGAAGGGUUUAAAAGUAAGGGAAUUUGAGUAAAUGUUACAUUCCUAGGACAUCAAAUCCCAUUUAAGUUCUCCUCAGCCAUUACAGAUAGCUGACUUGGAAAAAGCAUACUAAAAGGAAAACCUGUGUCACUAAUCAGUAAUACAAACAUUGUAUCAACUUUUACGUGGGUAAAUGCUGACAUGCUUCCAAGAACAACCAAGAAAAUACAAAAAAUAUCCCAUUCUUGAUAUAUAUCAUAUCUACUGGAGAUCUAGUGGAUCUACUGGAGAUGGUGUUUUUAAAUGGAUAAAUUCCGUGUUUUAAUAGUCUAAAAUAGUUUUUCAGCCAGAGUUGUUGAUGGUUUACAGUUUACAAGGCAUUUUAUGCUGUUUUUAUGUUGUUUUGUUUUGUUUUGUUUUGUUGCUUGAAUGAAUCCUGACAGUCCACACUGGGAAAUACGGAGGCAAUUACUGUUCCCAUUUUACAGAUGAAGAACCGAGGCACAGAUUAAAGAUUGCCCCAGACGAGUACCAGUCCUGUUCUGGCAUAUUUUCCCCUCUUCUGUGGGGACAGAGUCACACGUACAUUGGGAUAGGAGUGUCUAUUUUAUAGGCAUAUGGGUUUUAAAAACUCUUAAUGCUGGUAAGGGCUUAAAAAUACAUAUAUUAAAUUACUGAAAGAGAGUUCUUAAUUGCUAAAUGACACAGACAUUAGCAAUUUCAUUUAAGUGGGGGGGGGGGUGUCUCCCUCAAUUUUGUUCUGUUCUUUCCUGACAGUUUUCAUAGAACUAAUUUGCAAACGCAAUCAGGAACUAAAAUUUCCCACUGAAAAUGUUAAACAUUUUAGAUAACUGUGAAAGUAGUUUUAUUUUUAUUCCUUGCCAAUCUGCGAAUAUGCCUUUUAUGUGUGUGUUUUUUUAAGUGCUGUAUUAAUACUUUUUGAAAGAAAAGGACACUUAAACUUAUCCCAGAACUUCAAUCUGAAAUGUCUUACAUUAAGAAUUUCUUGAAUGUUGUGUAUAUAUUUUAAAAAGCACUUUGUGAAACAGUUUGUACAUUUAUUUCCUAAUUUAUACAUGAUUUUUGGUAUUAAUAUAUUUAAUGAUUAAUAACAGAAUGUUUAUUUAAUGUAUUGUCCGUUCUUAUGUACUGUUGUGGGGAAACGUGGUGCCAGCAGUUCUGUUUUCAUUAAGUAAUACGUAUUCUCUCUCCUCUUCUGUAAGAUGUUUGCAAAGCCUAGGCUAAAGUGAGUUGUUCGUGCAGUGUGGUCGAUGGUGCUUUGUUUUUAAUGACUGCUUCCACAGAAGGCCAGUGAUGAUGCAAAGGACACGUGGAACUUGACGCUCAUUCUUCCUGCCCUGGCCCCCGGGCCACAGCAGGGCUUGGACCUGAGAUGCUCGCCGCUCCGGAUGGGCCGACCAACAUGCGGCCUGCAGCCCCUCACCCUGGUUAUUUUGCUGCGCAGCCGCCGGGUCGAGACCUGGGCUGCUGGCGGCCCCGUGGGGGGGGUGGGCAGGGGGGCAGCCUCAGGACCGCUGGGUCCAGAGCCCGAGCCUCCGUCCGCCGCUGUUCCUGGGGACCCGUGGUCUGAGUGCGGGCAUCCGUUCAAAGCUGCGCGGGAGGAAGACGCUUCUGUUCCCCUUUCAAUUUGUUGAGCUGUUACUUCAUUUCUAUUAAUGGAACAGGUCAAAUUCGUCUUAUUUGUGAGCACAGUACAUUUUCUGAAAAACAUCCUAUCAGUUCACUUUUUUCCAGUCGGAGUUUGGCGCGUAUAAAUUGCUUAUGAUUUGGGUGUAAUGUAUGAAUAAACUGGUUCUUCAAAACCAC